AUGGCGUUCGAAUCGCUGUCCCCCGGCGGCUUUCCAGUAACCGAUGGCACGGUGGCAGACCUCGCCGACGCCGCGGGAGCCGCCGCUCUGCCCAUCUUCGACGUGCUUCCAGUACAGCUGCAGUUUUCAAUUGCGGCCGAUUUCGUGGCGGGCCAGGCAGCGAACAAUGUGCUAGUGAUAGCGCUGUUGAAUGGGAGGAUCCUAAGGAUUGAUUUGAAUAAACCAGAGGAUAUUGAUGAUAUCGACCUCCCCAAAAAGCCGGCCGAUCCCGGGACGAUCCGGCGCAUGUUCCUCGACCCGACCGCCUCUCACCUACUCAUAUGCACCACGCUUGGCGAGAACUACUACCUACACUCACAGUCGCGCCAACCGCGCCCGCUCGCACGCUUGCGCGGUGUGUCCGUCGAGUCGGUCGCCUGGAACCCGGCCCUCCCGACCUCAUCCACCCGCGAGAUCCUGAUUGGAGCCGCUGACGGCUACGUCUACGAAGCCUCGAUCGAGACUUCCACGGAGUUUUACCGGAAAGAGGACAAGUAUGUCAAGCUGCUACAGAAGUUACCCGACGGACCGGUCACAGGCCUGUGGGUGGAUGCGCUGUCGUCAGGGCCGGGGUCUGCGCAGGGGAAAAACCAUCAUCCUAACGCUCAUAACCACCAACAACAAGAUCUGAGGAGGGUGGUGAUAGCGACGCAGAGCCGGCUGUUCCAUUUCGUGGGCAAGGUCGCGCGCGGCCACGAUGGGAGUGGGUCGAUUUACACCAAUCUGUUCGAGAGCGAACGGCCCGUUAUUCACGAACUGAGCGGGGCAUCGGCUGCCACUGCCGCCUCUAUGCUAGUGAUCUCGCCCGACGCUGAGGAGGCGCCGCGCUUCCGCGGAGAUGAGGAAGUUGGGGAGCGGGCGUUUGCCUGGUUGUCGAGCCAUGGUGUGUAUCACGGGAAACUGUUGGUAGAAGGCGCCGGGCCGGAGCUGGGAGCUAAAGUGUUUGCCGAGGCAAAGCUGCUUCCCAGAGCGCAAUUGACCAGUCCGGAUGGUGCCAAAAGGCAGCAGCCGGUGUCCACCGAAUACAUCGACGCCAUUGCCUUGACACAGUGGCACAUUGUCUGCCUGGUCGGGACGCGCGUCGUGGUGGCUAACCGUCUGACAGGGUCGAUUGUCUACGACCAAACCAUCCUAGACCCCGGGCAGAAGGCGGUUGGGCUAUGCGUGGACCUGCAGAAGAACACGUUCUGGCUUUUUACGUCCCAGGAGAUAUUCGAAAUCGUGCCGCGCGAUGAGGAUCGGGAUAUCUGGAAGAUCAUGCUGAAGCUGGAGCAGUUUGACGCUGCUUUGCAGUACGCGCAUACACCAGCGCAACGAGACGCCGUGGCGAUUGCGUCGGGCGAUUACCUUGUGGGCAAGGGGAAAUAUGGCGAGGCAGCGGGCGUAUAUGGCAAGAGUAGCAAGGCGUUCGAGGAGGUGGCGCUCACGUUCAUCGACAACGGCCAACCCGACGCGCUGCGAAAGUAUCUCCUCACGAAGCUGAGCUCGUAUAAGAAGUCAUCGAUCAUGCAGCGCAUCAUGAUUGCGGCAUGGUUGGUUGAGGUGUUCAUGGCCAAGCUGAAUUCGCUAGACGACACAAUCGUCACGGGAGCCGAGCUGUCCGACACGCUGAACACCAAGCAGACGAGGGAGCAGCUCGAUGCAGUACGGUCAGAUUUUCAGGAUUUUGUCAACCGGUACAAAUCGGAUCUCGAUCAGAAAACCGUCUACGAUAUCAUCAGCAGCCACGGCCGAGAGGAGGAGCUGCUAUACUACGCCAACGCCGUGGGCGAUUACAAUUAUGUCCUAUCCUACUGGGUGCAACGGGAGCGGUGGUCGGAGGCGCUCAAGGUGCUCAAAAAGCAGACGGAUGCCGAAGUGUUUUACCGGUACAGCAGCGUGCUUAUGACGCAUGCGGCGACGGAGCUGGUCGAGAUUCUGAUGCGGCAAAGCAAUCUCAACCCACGGAGCCUCAUCCCCGCCAUGCUGGAGUACGACCGCAACUACAAGGGGCCGCUGACGCAGAACCAAGCCAUCCGCUACCUCCAGUACGUCGUCAACCAGCUCGGCUCCGCUGACUCGGCCGUCCAUAACACCCUCGUUUCCAUUUAUGCCUCACAUCCGUCCAAAGACGAGUCUGCGCUGUUGUCGUACUUGGAAGCCCAAGGCGAUGAGCCCAGAUUCGACCCGGACUUUGCCCUCCGCCUAUGUAUCCAGCACCGCCGUGUGCUCUCCUGCGCCCGUAUCUACACCAGUAUGGGUCAAUAUGUACAGGCCGUCGCCCUGGCCUUGUCCCACGACCAGGUCGAACUCGCUUCCAUCAUCGCCGACCGGCCCAUGUCCAACCCAAUACUACGCAAGAAACUCUGGCUCGCCGUCGCCAAAAAAGUCAUCUCCCAACAAUCCGGCGGCGGUAUCAAGACGGCCAUCGAGUUCCUCAAACGCUGUGACCUACUCAAGAUCGAAGACUUGAUUCCCUUCUUCCCCGACUUUGUCGUUAUCGACGACUUCAAGGAGGAAAUAUGCGCCGCGCUCGAGGACUACAGCCGGAACAUCGACGCGCUCCGCCGCGAGAUGGACGAAUCCAGCCUGACGGCUGCCAACAUCAAGGUCGAUAUUGCCGCCCUCGACCGGCGGUAUGCCAUUGUCGAGCCGGGCGAGAAGUGCUAUGCCUGUGGACUGCCCCUGCUGAGCCGCCAGUUCUUUGUGUUUCCCUGCCAGCACGCGUUUCAUUCGGAUUGUCUCGGCCGGAGGGUGCUGGAGCAGAGUGGGGAGGCGAAAGCGAAGAGGAUACGGCAGUGUCAGGUGCAGAUUAGUAAGGGGUUGGUGAGUGGGGAGAAGAGGGAUGCGAUGAUUGCUGAGUUGGAUGCGUUGGUGGCUUCGGCGUGUAUUUUGUGCAGCGAGUACGCCAUCCGGAGGAUUAAUGAGCCAUUCGUCAAGGAGAGUGAGGACACGGAAGAGUGGGCGUUGUAG